AUGGUGCCGGAGAGGGCACCGGCCGCAGGGGGCGCGGCCAGCGGGGAGCAUGCCCUGGUGCUCAGCGUCUUCAACCGGCUCCUAGAGACACACCGGCGGCUCAAGGAGCAGCUCGCCGCCAAGGAGGAGGAGCUCUGCGCCGCGGCAGCCGAGGUGCUGUCCUGGAGGACCCGGCUGAUUCGGGCCGGCUUCCACUACGACCGGCUCGUUGCCGACGCCGGCCGGCUUGGGGCCGAUGUGGCGAGGGCGAGGGCGGAGGCGACGGGAGCCCGGCAGGCGCUCGAUGAAGCCAGCCGGCUGCGGGAGCAGCUGGCGGGCAACAAGGGCCGUCUUGAGGCCGAGGUGGAGCGCCUCAAGGCGGAAGCCACCAAGGUUGUGGAGGCGCAGCAGGCCCUUGCCGAGGCAGACCAGCAACGCCGCAAGCUGUCCGACGACAAGGAUCAGCUCCAGGCCGAGGUGGAGCGUCUGAAGGAGCUGGUGGCCGCGGCGGAGGAGACCCGCCAGGGGGAAACCCGGCGCCGCGAGGAGGCCGCGAAGGCGGCCAAGGACAAGGAUGCCCAGCUGAAGGCGGCCCUUGCCAAGGUCGCCGAGCUGGAGAAGGCGCUCCAGGAGUGCGACCGCACCAUCGCCCAGGAGCGGCGCGGUACAUUGCUCGAAGCGCAGCACCUGGAAGAGUCCUUCUCCAGGGCCUUCCCGGAGACACGACAGCUGGCGGAGGAGGCGGUCCGCUUUCAGCACGACCCACAGGGGAUCGUCGGCUCUGGGACUGACCCGCGGGUAGCCUGGACCUUCCCAGAGAUCGUGACUGCCGUCGAGGCCCGUCUGCGAGUUUUGAGCGAGCAUAUGGGGCGGAUAUCUGAGGCCGGCGCGGCGAUGACAGCGGCCCUUUGGCCGGGUUCCGUCGCGCCGAACAGCUUCACGCGGCUGGCGUGGUGGUUGGAGGCGGGGCCGGAUCGGCUCCAUGACUGGCGCGUUUCCGCCGCUCAUGCUGGCGCCGAGAUGGCGCUCAGGUUCGCGAUGUCUUGGCAUCCGGACCUGUCCCUGGACGCGUUGAUGGGCCAGCGAGCCGGCUCAGAGAGCCAGCUGCAGGCGGAGGCCGACCGGAUCGCUGCUCGGGCCAGCUACAUCGCCGAGUUCGCCUUCCAUGACGAGUUUCGGCCGGAGCGGGCGGAAGAUGGCGGAGUCGUGCCUGCUGACGACUACGGCCUACUUCUGGACGACCCAGAGGGCAGCUCUGAGGAGACGGACGUCUACCGCGACGCGGACGCCGAGGAGGGGGACACCGGCACCUCGGAGGGCCAGGAGGCCACCGAGGGAGAUGCCUAA